AACCCGCCAAGUGAAUUUUACUUCCGCAGUGCAAAAUGACGUGUGAAAUUAUAAGUUUUUACAAGGAUAAAACGGUGUUUAUAACCGGAGGCACAGGAUUACUCGGCAAAGUGGUCGUAGAAAAGCUAUUGCGGGCUACGGAUGUGAAACGUAUAUAUUUCCUGGUCAGAACCAAGCGGGGUGAGAAAAUGGAUGCACGAUUUGAGUCCUGGAAAAAGGAUCAGGUGUUUGAAGUGCUACUAAACAAAAAGCCACUGGCCCUGGAAAAGAUGACUCCGAUUUCGGGUGACUGCUGUGCCCCAGACUUGGGCAUCAGCGAUGCGGAUCGAAGGAUACUGGCCGCGGAGGUGCAGGUGCUCAUACAUGGAGCCGCUUCGGUUCGAUUCGAGGAGCCACUCGAGCAGGCAGUGGUCAUCAACACCAGGGCAGUGCGUCUCAUUACCCAGCUGGCGAGGGAAAUGCGACUGCUCGAGUCCUUCGUCCACGUCUCGACAGCGUUCUCCAAUUGUGUGGUGCCUCAAAUCCAGGAGCGUUUCUAUCCGGAACACCUGUCCUGUCCCAUUGACAAGGUGCUCGACAUGCACAAUUCGGUCAGCUCCGAAACGUUCGAAAAGAUGGCACCAGCCUUGAUGGGAAAAUUCCCAAACACAUAUACCUACACCAAGGCACUGGGCGAGCAGGUGAUCCAGGAGGAGGCGAAGGGUUUGCCCGUAGGCAUAUUUCGACCAGCGAUCAUUUUAUCCACCUUCAAGGAACCAGUGCAAGGAUGGGUUGAUGGCCUGCAAGGACUGAUAGCCAUGAUAUUUGCCACUGCCUACGGGUUUGUACACCUACUGCUGGUUAAUAUGAAAGUUAAUGCUUCCAUAGUUCCGGCCGACUACUGCGUCAACGUGGCCAUCGCCUCAGCUGUCCAGAUAGCCAAGAUCUCCAAGCAAAAUAAAAAUGGACCGCCGCCCAUUUACGCGUUCACGCCCAGCGAAUCGAAUUUAGUGACUUAUGAAGAUCUGGCUGGGCUAUGCUAUCAAAAUGGUCUGGAGGUACCAAAUGCGAAAAUGAUCUGGUACCCGUUUACCCAUUGCACCAGAUGCCCCUAUCUGUAUGGCAUUGGCAUCUAUUUCUAUCACCUGUUGCCUGGAUAUUUGCUGGACAUUGUGCUGCGUCUGAAAGGUCAGAAGCCCAUUAUGAUCAAGAGCUAUCACAAGGUCCACGAGGGUAUGCGGAGUUUGCUACCCUUCUCUAGGCAAACCUUUACCAUGGACAUGAGGAAUACCCACGAAAUGUGGCAGACCAUGUCGCCGGAGGAGAAGGAGAUGUUCAACUUUGAUAUGUCAACAUUGAACUGGAAGGAGUAUGUCACGUGUGUCAUGGAGGGAAUACGAUUGUAUUUGUUUAAGGACCUCCGGACGCCGGAAUCCGUUGCCCAGGGAAAGCGGAUUUUGAAAAGGUUUUAUGUAUUGGAUAGGCUUCUUAAAACUGUAUUAGUUACAUUAUUUGGUGUCUCUAUUUGGUUUUUAAUCACAAAUUUAGUGCCACUACUGUAACUAUUUGUUUUUGUUGUAAUAUUUAAAACAUUCACCGGGUUGAAGGCUAAAUAAAUAAUGAGUUUGUUCUUGAUGGAU